AUGUCGAGGUAUCACUCCGCCUAUCCUACUCCUCCCACCACCCCAUCCGAAAGCUCUCUCAAGCCAUGCUUCUUCUAUCUACGAAACAAUACCUGCAAAUUUGGAGCGCGGUGCAAGUUUUCGCAUAGUGCAAGCAGCACACAACCAACCCGGCAGCCGAAUGGGAGGCAUGCCGGCGCCCCUUCAGGCCUGCCCGGCAACAGACAUGAUCGCCCCUCGGAAGGCAAGCUAUGGAAAUGGAAGCGAAUACUCAAGAGCGGGCAAGACACAGCCCGGCCCUCACAGGCCAUAGUCAGUCAGUUCCUUAACCUGGCUGUUGAGCUCAUGGAUGGGGACGUCGGUGGCGCCCAGGAGACGAUCAGGCUCCUCGUCACCGAAGCCGGUCUGUCUUUCAUCAAGGACGUAAUUGACCGGCACAUCCCAAUGGACAAUAUAGCCAUAACAGGCAACCGCCUCUGGGAAGCGGAGAUCAAGCCACUAUUCCAGCUUGUCACCCAUCCUCGUGUUGUUGACUCUGCUGUCUUGGAGCAAGAAGUCGCAGCCAUCUUCAACUACCUCGUCGGAGUGGGAGGUGCUAGGAUGAACAAGCUAUUCCACUAUGUUAUCUCGCUCUUUAAACAAUGGCCAGUCGCCUCGACGCAGGAAUCCCUCAUAGAGGCAGUCGAGCUAUCCCUUGCAGUACUGGCCAAGAUGCUGGACUGCAACACUACAAACAUCGUCAACGAAGCUUUCUCGGCAUUUGCCAACAGCUUGGCCAGUCCCUUGGAGAAGCCGGAAGAGCCAGAAGAGAUGAUUCAUCGUCUUCAAGCAAAGAAGCAUCUUCAUUACAUCCGUCAGCGUCUCCAGAUUGGAGAUCAGCUGCCAGAUCUAGAGACGCGACCUCAAGCUUCUGUGACGCGAGAGACCUUUAUGCUGAUCCGAGACCUCCCUGGCCGCUUAUCUCGGGGAGGGCCAAGGCACAACAACGAUCACGCAAACAUCGCUCAUAUCAAAAUAUUGCCAACAUACGAGGAAAUCAUGUCGCCGCGAGAGGAAUAUCUACCAACCAAUGAUUCCACACAGUGGCACAUCCCUGGCAUUCGUGGUCGUCUAGACAGAGAGUUUCGUCUCAUACGAGAAGAUACGGUUGGGCAGCUACGAGAUGCAGUCCGCGAUGCUUUUGGACAUAUUCGCGCCACGGGCGGGAUCGAUCGGCAAACGAACUCUACCAACUUACGGACGUAUACGUACGGCUCCGCCACUCUCGUCGACAUUCAGUUCGACACAAACACUGGCCUGGAUCUGGUCGUCCGCUGUGAGCAGCCUCCUGCAGUGCGGCAGCUGACCGCUCGACAAAGAAGGGACUGGUGGGAGAAGUCAAAGCGGCUCCAGGCCGGCGCACUCGUAUGCGUCUUGGAUGGAACCGAUUCCGUCAUGUUCUGUACCGUGUCUGAUUCCACGAUGAGGAACAAGGACGACAAAAAAGACCGCUUUAAAAAACCAGCGGAUGAGAAUCUCGAGCCUCCGGAACUCCGCGAGCCUUUGACCCUCUCGGAUCACGAGAGCUACUUGCACGUCAACCUACAGCUCAUCGAUGCAAAUCGAGACGACGUUACUCAGGCUCUUGACUGGUACAAGAGCAUGGGACCAUCACGCCAUCGAUAUCUCGUUGAGUUUCCCGGCAUUCUGCUGGCGUCUUUCAAGCAUACUCUCGAUGCUCUGAAGCAAAUGUCUCAGAGACCCAAGAUGCCAUUUGUUGAUCUCUUGGCUCCUACAAACGUGACCGGUACAGAAGUCGACCUGCAACCCCCUUUGUACGCAAGGACGGGUGGCUUUGCCUUCGACAUCAGUUGUAUAACGAAUGAUAAGGCCGAGUUGCUUGUUUUGCCGCAGCGGCCCCUGAAUGCAAGGCUAAUUGAAUCACGAACAACCCUGGAUCGUACACAGUCUUCUGCCCUCUUGAACACCUUGUCACGGGAACUGUCGCUCAUACAAGGCCCGCCCGGCACCGGCAAAAGUUAUAGCGGCGAAAAGAUUGUCAAAGUCUUGUUGGCAAACAAGGAGAUGACUCGUAUUGGGCCGAUAUUGUGCGUCUGCUACACGAAUCAUGCAUUGGAUCAGCUUCUUGAGCACCUUCUCGACGAUGGGACCGACAGGAUUAUCCGCAUUGGCUCCCAAUCAAAGUCAGAGAGGCUUCAAUCUCUCAAUCUACGAGUGGUAGCCCAGAACAGCGACCGCACACGAUCCGAAAAGGGCAGCCUCUGGGAUAUACAACAGCAAUUGAAUGAACUCAAAGAGAGCAUGCAGGACUCGCUCCAUAGACUUUCGACAUCGGACUCGCCACAGGCUAUCAAAGCGUUUCUCGCACAAGAGUGCCCCAGUCACCAUGACGCGCUAUUUGGCGUGGAAGAAGACGGGUGGCAGACGGUUGGCAACACGGCUGACAAGGCCCUGCGGCGAUGGCUGAGGGGUGGCUCGCGUAACAACAUCCGGUGUCGAAGCCUUGGGAUCCUCAGGUUGACGAGACUGUCCGCCAUGAAUCACGCUGAGCGCCAGAUUUUGUAUCGAGACUGGCUGGACAGCAUCGUGGCUCCCAUCGUUCGGACCAUCACUGGACUCCAAGACGAGUACGCCGAGCUGAUGGAGCGGCGUGGUCGUGUGCGCAGCGAUGUGGAUUUGCGCUGCCUGAACCAGGCCAAUGUCAUUGGAGUGACAACAACAGGCCUGGCCAAAAACUUGGAACUUCUCCGAAAACUACGAUGCAAGGUCAUGCUAUGCGAGGAAGCUGGAGAGGUGCUGGAAGCCCACAUCCUGACGGCACUGCUGCCUUCUAUCGAGCAUGCCAUCUUGAUCGGUGACCAUCUCCAGCUGCGUCCGCAGAUACAAAACUACGAGCUUCAGAGCACAAAUCCCCGAGGCAGACAGUAUUCCCUGGACACAUCCUUGUUCGAAAGGCUUGUUGAGCCGCCACACCUGACAGACUUGCGGCUCCCAUUCAGUACACUGGAAACCCAGAGAAGAAUGCACCCGUCGAUAUCUGAGCUCAUUCGGUCCACGCUAUAUCCGUCCUUGCAAGAUGGCGAGAAUGUGUUGGGUUAUCCAAAGGUAGUCGGAAUGAAAGAUCGGCUCUUCUGGCUUCACCAUGAGCAUCUGGAAGCCGGUGCGGCUAGUCACGACCCCCUGAGUACCUCGCACUCGAACGAUUUCGAAGUCGAGAUGACCGUGUCUCUCAUCUCUCACCUCGUCAAGCAAGGAGCGUACGCUCAGGACGACAUUGCAGUGAUUACGCCGUAUCUCGGUCAGCUACACAAGCUGCGGCGGCGAAUGCAAUCCAUGUUCGAGAUUUGUCUCAACGACCGCGAUCUCGCCGAACUGGAAGAUUUUGAAGACAAAGGCGGAGAAGCCCCAACAACGGCGACGUGGAAACCGUCUGGCAAAACAACUCUCUUGAAGAGUGUCAGAGUCGCAACUGUUGACAACUUUCAGGGCGAGGAAGCCAAGGUCAUCAUCAUCUCACUUGUCCGGAGUAACUUGCAAAAGAGGUGCGGCUUUCUCAGCACUUCCAACCGAAUCAAUGUUCUGUUAUCGCGAGCAAAGCACGGCAUGUACAUCAUAGGCAACUCCAGCACAUACUACAACGUUCCCAUGUGGGAGCAAGUCAUUGACAUGCUGACGGCAAGCGGCCGCCUCGGCACGAGCUUGGAGCUCCAGUGCAGCCGGCAUCCGGACACGCCAAUCCGCGUCUCAGAGCCUGACCAUUUUCUGCAAUUCUCUCCUGAGAGCGGAUGCAAUCUGCCGUGCGACAAGAGACUGCAUUGCGGCCAUUCUUGCACCGGACGAUGCCACUCGGACGUUCUGCACAACGUCGUCGAAUGCCUUGAGCCCUGUCCCAGGCCACGAAGGGGCUGCGAUCACGCCUGUCCUCGGCGAUGCGGUCAGCCGUGCCCAGCCAAGUGCCCCGUCGAGCUGAAGCAUAUCAACCUCGUGCUCCCGUGUGGCCACCGGCUGUCUUCGGCAAAGUGCUGGGAGAAUCAGGAUCCCUCUGCUGUUCGCUGCAGAGUCCUCGUUAGACGAACGGUGCCAGGCUGCAGCCAUAAGGUCGACGUGGAAUGCCACGAAGAUGUGACCACUGCGAGGUAUCAGUGCACUGCCAUGUGUGGCCAUGACCGUCCCUCGCUCUGCGGAGAAGCAUGCCCAGACAAGGCUUUCUGUCAGCAGUGUGCGAGCGACGCUGUGAGAUCCAUGUGCGUCGACUUCCUCGAGAUGAAGGAAUAUCAUGAGAUCAACCUGGACGAGGAGCCUUGCAUUUUCCCAGACUGCGGCCAUUUCCUGACCGUCUCGUCAAUGGAUGGCCAGAUGGGCAUGGGGGCGUAUUACGAUAUGGAUGAGGGGGGCCAUCCAACGCGGCUUUGCAAGAAUUCCGAGCCUUUCUCGCUGGACAAGUCGGGCAUCCCGGUUUGCGCGACUUGUCGGGGCUCGCUUCGAAACAUUGCCAGAUACGGCCGAAUCGUGCGGCGGGCCAUCCUGGACGAGGCGACAAAGAAGUUUCUGGCCUGGUCGCACGAGCAGUACCUCUCCCUAGCAAAUCGAUUGGUCAAGGAAGAGGAGAAACUUGCGGAAGCAACCCCUGGGCAAGCCGUUCAGGGUGAUGCAGCCUCCUCAGCGCUCCAAGCUGGUCAGCUGGCCAGCUCUGCUUCGAGGCUGGAGCAGCUUCGAGAGCUGCAGAGACUCGUCGGAAAGGGACGAUACAACUCCAUCAUCAAUCUCUGGAGGCAGAUUGGGACGCAUGCCAAGAAAGUCCGGCGGGAAGAGCAGCCGUUCCAGCGAGUGGCGGACCUUGUGCAGUUUGCCAACCGCGAAAACAAGGAGAGCCGGGGCGAGUUUCGGUACGACGAAUCCGUCAUCCAGGUCAAGGGAUCGCUUCUUGCAGACGCUCUGUUGCUCAAGUGUGAGAUUGCGAUCCUCUUCGACUUUCAUCGCUGGAUGACGCAGGGAGGCCUGGCGCAGGCAGAGACAGAAGUCAAGCUGGACUUGUCAGUCCAUUGGUCUGAUUCUGCCAAGCUCAUCGAACAGUCUCGUCUGCUCAUGUACGUGAGAGAGGAAGUCCAGGGCCACAUUUUCGCCGCGCAGCUCUGCGGACUGUGCCUAUCGUUUGGCGAGCGCGCCAGUAUGUGGUCUGCUAAGAAGGGCGUCACGAAGGAGCAGACGCCAGACAAUCUGAAAGAAGAGGCCAUGAGCCAUAUUCAGCAAGCUCGAGCGGUAAUGUCCCAGUAUCCUUCCACAGCCUCGUUCCAGGGAGAGGUCGAUAACGUUGAGGUGUUGAUCAACGACGGCAUGUACCAUCCGGUCACGCCAGAAGAAAUGCGAGCAGUGUAUAAUGCAAUGAUGAGAGAGUUCUCGGGCACGGGACACUGGUACGUGUGCGAGAACAACCAUCCGUUCACCAUUGGCGAGUGCGGAAUGCCGAUGCAGGAAGCACGGUGUCCGGAGUGCGGAGCCAGAAUAGGGGGGCGGAACCAUCAGACGGUACAAGGGGUGAGGCAUGCGACAGAGAUUGAGAAUAUUGCGAGAGGCAUGAAUGGAUUGGGCCUGUGA